UGUUCAGUGCUUUAGAGUGAUGAAAGCUGAAGUUGAAAAAGGUUGUAAAACUCCGGUUUUCCACAGUGGAACCAUUGUUUUUUUCUGGUUUCUUCAAAUCUACAUAGACAGGGUUGUUGGCCACAGAUUGCAGUUACCAUGUCCAAUUCAGUAAUUCUUCGCAGCGUGAAGAAAUUUGGAGAGGAGAAUCAUGGUUUUGAAUCAGAUGGAUCAUAUAAUAAUGAAAAGAAAUCAAGGUUACAAGAUAAGAAGAAAAGUGACAGCGUUCGAAUUGGCUUCUUUCAGUUGUUUCGGUUUUCUUCAUGGACUGACAUUUGGCUGAUGUGUAUGGGAAGUUUAUGUGCAUGUAUCCAUGGAAUAGCCCAGCCCGGUGUGCUACUUAUUUUUGGCACAAUGACAGAUGUUUUCAUUGACUAUGACACUGAAUUACAAGAACUCAAGAUUCCAGGAAAAGCAUGUGUGAAUAAUACUAUAGUAUGGAUCAACAGCUCCCUGAAUCAGAAUGUGACAAAUGGAACACGUUGUGGGUUGCUGGACAUUGAAAGUGAAAUGAUCAGGUUUGCCAGUUACUACGCUGGGAUCGGUAUCGCAGUACUUACCACGGGAUAUAUUCAAAUAUGCUUUUGGGUACUUGCUGCAGCUCAUCAGAUACAGAAAAUGAGAAAAGCUUACUUUAGGAGAAUAAUGAGAAUGGAAAUAGGAUGGUUUGACUGCAAUUCAGUGGGAGAAUUGAAUACAAGAUUCUCUGAUGAUAUUAAUAAAAUCAAUGAUGCCAUUGCCGACCAACUGGCCAUUUUCAUUCAGCGCAUGACUUCAGCCAUCUUUGGUUUCCUGCUGGGAUUUUCCAGGGGUUGGAAACUGACCUUGGUUAUUAUUUCUGUCAGCCCUCUCAUUGGAUUUGGAGCAGCCAUCAUAGGUUUGAGCGUGUCCAAGUUUACAGACUAUGAGCUAAAGGCCUAUGCCAAAGCAGGGUCCAUAGCUGAUGAGGUCAUUUCAUCUAUGCGAACAGUGGCUGCUUUUGGUGGUGAGAAAAAAGAGGUUGAAAGGUAUGAGAAAAAUCUUGUGUUUGCCCAACGAUGGGGAAUUAGAAAAGGUAUAGUGAUGGGCUUCUUUACUGGAUACAUGUGGUGUCUCAUCUUUUUCUGUUAUGCAUUGGCCUUCUGGUAUGGCUCUAAACUCGUCCUGGAAGAAGGAGAGUAUUCGCCAGGAGCCCUUGUCCAGAUUUUCCUCAGUGUCAUAAUCGGAGCUCUAAAUCUCGGCAAUGCCUCUCCCUGUUUGGAAGCCUUUGCCGCGGGACGUGCAGCAGCCUCCAGCAUCUUUGAGACCAUAGACAGGAAACCCAUCAUUGAUUGCAUGUCAGAAGAUGGUUACAAGCUGGACAGAAUCAAGGGUGAAAUCGAAUUCCAUAAUGUGACCUUCCAUUACCCUUCCAGACCAGAAGUGAAGAUUUUAAAUAACCUCAGCAUGGUCAUUAAACCAGGGGAAAUGACAGCUCUGGUAGGCCCCAGUGGUGCUGGAAAGAGCACAGCAUUGCAGCUCAUUCAACGAUUCUAUGACCCCACUGAAGGCAUGGUGACUCUGGAUGGCCAUGACAUCCGCUCUCUCAAUAUCCAAUGGCUUAGAGAUCAGAUUGGGAUAGUUGAGCAAGAGCCAGUUCUGUUCUCCACCACCAUAGCAGAAAACAUUCGUUAUGGCAGAGAAGAUGCUACAAUGGAAGAUAUAAUCCAGGCCGCCAAGGAGGCCAACGCCUACAACUUCAUCAUGGACCUGCCACAGCAAUUUGACACCCUUGUUGGAGAAGGAGGCGGCCAAAUGAGCGGUGGUCAGAAACAACGAGUAGCCAUCGCUAGAGCCCUCAUCCGAAACCCCAAGAUCCUUCUUUUGGACAUGGCUACCUCAGCUCUGGACAAUGAAAGUGAAGCCAUGGUGCAAGAAGCGUUGAGUAAGACUCAGCAUGGACAUACAGUUGUUUCUGUUGCACAUCGUCUAUCCACAAUCAAAACAGCAGAUGUCAUCAUUGGUUUUGAACAUGGUGCAGCGGUAGAAAGAGGCACGCAUGAAGAACUGUUGGAAAGGAAAGGUGUUUACUUCACUCUGGUGACUUUGCAAAGUCAACGAAAUCACGAUCAAGCCCUUAAUGAAGAGAAUGUAAAGGAAAAAGGUGCAACUGAAGAUUACACACCUGAGAAGACCUUUAGCAGAGGGAAUUAUCAGGACAGUUUAAGAGCGUCUCUCCGGCAGCGCUCCAAGUCUCAGCUUUCUUACCUGGCACAUGAACCUCCAAUGGCUGUUGUAGAUCAUAAGUCUACACAUGAAGAAGACAGAAAGGACAAGGACCUGCCUGCGGAAGACAUUGAACCUGCCCCAGUCAGAAGGAUUAUGAAACUCAAUGCUCCAGAAUGGCCCUACAUGCUGGCUGGAUCUGUGGGUGCUGCUGUUAAUGGGGCAGUCACACCCCUCUAUGCCUUCUUGUUCAGCCAGAUUCUUGGGACUUUUUCACUACCUGACAAAGAAGAGCAGAGGUCAGAGAUUGAUGGUAUAUGCCUACUUUUUGUAGCAUUGGGCUGUGUAUCCUUUUUCACCCAGUUUCUGCAGGGUUACACUUUUGCCAAGUCUGGAGAGCUCCUCACAAAAAGGCUACGUAAAUUUGGUUUUAGGGCAAUGUUAGGGCAAGACAUUGGCUGGUUUGAUGACCUCAGAAAUAGCCCUGGAGCACUGACAACAAGACUUGCUACAGAUGCUUCCCAAGUUCAAGGGGCUACUGGCUCUCAAAUCGGAAUGAUGGUCAAUUCCUUCACUAACGUCACCGUGGCCAUGAUCAUUGCCUUCCUCUUCAGCUGGAAACUCACCCUGGUCAUAGUGUGCUUCUUCCCCUUCUUGGCUCUGUCAGGAGCCGUCCAAACCAAGAUGUUGACAGGAUUUGCCUCUCGAGACAAGCAGGCACUGGAGAAGGCGGGACAGAUUACCAAUGAAGCCCUCAGUAACAUCCGCACUGUUGCCGGAAUUGGAAAGGAAAGGAAGUUUAUCGAAACAUUUGAGGCUGAGCUGGAGAAGCCAUACAAGACGGCCAUCAAAAAGGCAAAUGUUUACGGACUCUGCUUUGGCUUUUCCCAGUGCAUAACAUUUAUUGCAAAUUCUGCUUCCUACAGAUAUGGAGGUUACUUAAUCUCCAACGAGGGGCUGCACUUCAGCUAUGUGUUCAGGGUGAUCUCUGCAGUUGUUCUGAGUGCAACAGCUCUUGGGAGAGCCUCCUCUUACACCCCAAGUUAUGCCAAGGCAAAAAUAUCAGCUGCACGCUUUUUUCAACUGCUGGACCGACAACCUCCAAUCAAUGUGUACAGCAGCGCAGGUGAAAAAUGGGACAACUUCCAGGGGAAGAUUGACUUUGUUGACUGCAAAUUUACAUAUCCUUCUCGGCCUGAUAUACAAGUCCUCAAUGGUCUCUCAGUGUCAGUGAGUCCCGGGCAGACGCUGGCGUUUGUUGGCAGCAGCGGAUGUGGCAAAAGCACCAGCAUUCAGCUGUUGGAACGUUUCUAUGACCCUGACCAUGGCAAAGUGAUGAUAGAUGGGCAUGACAGCAGGAAAGUAAACAUCCAGUUCCUCCGCUCAAAUAUUGGAAUUGUCUCCCAGGAACCAGUGUUGUUUGCCUGCAGCAUAAAGGACAAUAUUAAGUACGGGGACAACACCCAAGAAAUCUCCAUGGAAAGAAUCAUAGCAGCUGCAAAGCAGGCGCAGCUGCAUGACUUCGUCAUGUCGCUCCCGGAGAAAUAUGAAACUAACGUUGGGUCCCAGGGAUCUCAACUCUCUCGAGGAGAGAAGCAACGCAUUGCUAUUGCCCGGGCCAUUGUACGAGACCCUAAAAUCUUGCUACUAGAUGAAGCCACUUCUGCCUUAGACACAGAAAGUGAAAAGACGGUGCAAGUUGCUCUGGACAAAGCUAGAGAGGGUCGGACUUGCAUUGUCAUUGCCCAUCGCUUGUCCACCAUCCAGAAUUCAGAUGUCAUUGCUGUCAUUUCACAAGGGGUGGUGAUUGAAAAGGGGACGCAUGAAGAACUGAUGGUGCAGAAAGGAGCCUACUACAAGCUGGUGACCACGGGAUCACCCAUCAGUUGACCUGACACAAGAGCGUCCUGCACAGAUGAUGCACCAGUUGCAGGAGUGUGGGGGGUUCUUUUUCUUUAGAGAGGAAUGUUGACAUUCCACCAUUACAGACAUUGUCGUACAUUGGGAUCCAAGCUAAUUUCUAAUGACCUUCAGCAGUAAUUCAGCUUUACAUGUCCAUGUUGAAAAUGAAAGCAACUGGGAUCCGUGUGUGUGAAAAUCCAAGGUCAAGCGCUGCUCAGCCAUCACCAAACGCUUCUGUAUGCGGGAACCAGUUCCAAUCACCAGUGGGGAUGAAUGACAAGGCACGGAGUAGAUGAGACUUUGGACUCCUCUAGGGCAAACGGCUAUCUUUUCAUUCUUGAACAUGCAGUGUGGCCAGAGCUGGGUCUAUAAUAAGCACUGUCAAAUUUGAAAAGAGCAAAGGAACAAAGAGCAGCUGUGUUUUUAACUAAGAUUUUCUUGCAUGUGAAAACCAAGUCACUCAUUUCCAAGGCUAAGGAUAGGGAAAACUUUGAUACACUGGAUGUUCUCUGGCCAACAAAGACUCUGGGGGCCGGGAUUAGCAGUAGAUUCAGGGUGUAGUACAGGAUGGUAGUGGUGAUAGUGGUGGUUGAAAUUACCAUUUACUGGACUAGAAUUUAUCAGUGUUGCUGGAAUAGUACCAAGACCUAGUACUCCCCUCUACCCCCACACAUUUUGGUGUCUGUUCUUUGUUUCCUUGAAAUCCUAGUCAUGAAAACAGUGCAUUUUACUUUGCUGUAGCUUCCUAAGGUGUUAUACAAAGAGUCACUUGAAGAUAGGAGAAACACACUCAUGUUUGCCCCUGCUCCCUGAAAACACCACUAAAUGCUAUUAAAAGAAUUGAAGAAGGCAUAAAUCCACACAAAUAAAGAAAGCAAAAUAAUACUAGCAGGGGCCAGCACUGUGGCGUAGUGAGUAAAGCCACUGCUGGCAGUGCUGCCAUCCAUAUGGGCACUGGUUUGAGUCCCGGCUGCUCCACUUCUGAUCCAGCUCUCUGCUAUGGUCUAGGAAAGCAGUAGAAGAUGGCCCAAGUCCUUGGGCCCCUGCACCCACAUGGGAGACCUGGAAGAAGCUCCUGGCUCCUGGCUUAUGAUUGGCCCAGCUCCAGCCAUUGUGGCCAUUUGGGGAGUGAACCAGCAGAUGGAAGACCUCUCUCCCUCUCUUUGCCUCUGCCUUUCUGUAACUCUGCCUUUCAAAUAAAUAAAUAAAUCUUUUAAAAAAUGA